GAUAUGAUUUAUUUAUUUUUAGGUAACAUAUUGUUGGUGACGCUGAAAAGUUUUUACUAAUAGUCAUAAUAGUCAUAACGAUAUUGUUGAAGACAGUGCCACCGAGAGAGAAGGGGAUUGGAGGGACAGUACCACCGAGAGAGAAGGGGAGUGGCGAAAAAUACAGUUUGUCCCGGGCUGCAGAUAUCCAAGGGCGCUAAGUGAAAAGAAAGUUACUUUAAAAAAAAAGGUCCUUUGUUUAUAAUAUGAGGAAAUUUUGAUAAAUAAGGACGCCAACCAAAGUUGCUGUUCAAGGCGGCGUGACUGCUCUUGGCGGCCCUUAAUGAAGACAACUGUAGUCGUUUUUUGCAAGUCUUUGCUUCUUUUUAUAAAAUGAAAAAAAGUUGUUUAAUAUUUGAAUCAACUUUUAUUGUGUACCAUUAUUUUUAUCUUAACAAUUUUAUUGGAUAACAAAUUUACUGAAAUGUUCAAGAAAAAAACACAAAAUAAAACAAAAUAAAAAGAUAAAUAAAUCCAGCUGUGCGCAGCAAACAAACAAAUGCAGUUUUGGAACAUUUUUUUGAUUCAGCAUGUUUAUGCUUUAGAGGUAUUUUUGGAUAUAAAUUUUGAAAAGAUUGUUUGCCAAGUAGAAAAAGAAUAUCUUUCUUUAACAUUUGGUGCUGGCUAUUUUAAAAAUAAAACGCACUUAGCUGACCUUAAAUCAAAAAAGUUACUUUUUUUAGCUAAUGCACUUUCUUCUGCGGGAGAGUUUUAUUUACGAUUUGGAGGUACAGCUGAAGAUUUUAUAAACUUUAAACCUAAUGAAGUUUACUAUGAUAAAACAGAGAUUGAUCUUCUCAUGAAUUUCGUAAAUGAAACCAAUUGGAGACUAAUAUUCGGGCUAAAUGUUUUAAAUCGCUAUCCAAAUGGUAACUGGGAUUCUUCAAAUACAAAAAAACUGUUUGAAUAUAUUGUUCAUAUGAACUAUAAUGUGAACUUUGAACUUGGAAACGAGUUUGAUUUAUUUCCAGAUCAUUUGAAUUUUACUCUGAAAGCAGAACAGUAUGCUGCUGAUUUUAUAGUGUUACGAAAAAUUAUGAAUGAAGUUUUUAAACAAAAGCAGAUAAAACUUUAUGGCCCUGAUGUUGCAACGUUAAAUCGCUAUAACCUUUUUCAAACCUUUUUAAAAUCCAUUGAGGAAGGUAUUUUAGAUGGAGUAACUUUUCAUCAUUAUUAUUCAUCAAGUGAUGACAUAAAUCCAGAAAACUUUACAAAAAUAAAAUAUCUUGACAGUUUUAUUGACUACGGAUUAGAAGCAGUUUCGAUUGUAAAAAGUUCUCUAAGCCAUUGGUUCAGAAUUCCUCAGGUUUGGAUUGGAGAAACAUCAAGCACCUUCGGUGGAGGAAGCGAAAGUGCUGGAAACAGUUUUGCUGCGGGAUUUCUUUGGCUAGAUAAGCUAGGGUUAGCUGCUCAAAUGGGAAUAAAUGUGGUUUUAAGGCAAUCAUUUAAAGGUGGAAAAUAUUCAUUAGUAGACGCCAACUUCAACCCUACACCAGACUAUUGGAGCUCGUUACUUUAUAAGAGACUAGUUGGGCAAAAAGUAUUAAAUUUAACUGGGUUUUUAGAGCAUGGUAGAGAUAUAAGAAUGUACGCGCAUUGCACAAACACUGAAAAUGGCGUUUACAAAUCUGGUUCAGUAGUUUUAAUAGUCAUUAACAUCAAUGUUAAAGAAAAUGCAACUAUUAAUUUCAAAAACAACACAAUUUCUGUUGAUCAAUACUUACUUACACCAUCUAAUGGAAAAAUAAAAGACAAAAUAGUUUCUCUUAAUGGUCACGUUUUAAAGAUGAAUAAUGAAACAACCUUACCUGUUUUAAACCCAAUCAACUCUAAUUUUCCAUUGUACAUACCUCCAUUAAGUUAUGGUUUUUUUGUUUUAACUAACUCUAAUGCCAAAGUCUGUCGAUAAUGAUUUAUGAACAAACUAUCGCCAAGGUAUUUUUAUAAUGUUUAUUUCUUUUUUUUUUUAAAAGAAAGUCUUUUGAAGAAAAGCGUUUUUGCUGA